AUGGCGAAGGAACACCUCUCGCUGGUAAUCUGUGGGCAUGUUGACUCGGGCAAGACCUCUUUGGCCUUCCGCCUGCUUUACGCGCUUGGGGGCCUGACGGAAAGAGAGUGCCGGGCAUUGCUGGAAUACCGGGAACACGCACACCCCCUCCUGAUCAUGGACCAUUCGAAGGAGGAGCGUGAGAGGGGCAUCACCAUCACCUGUAAGAGGCGGGAGUUCUUCACUGAGACGUGGCGCUACACGCUCAUCGACACACCAGGCCACCGCGACUUCAUCAAGAACGCCCUCGUCGGUGCCUCACAAGCGGAUGCUGCUAUCCUCGUGGUGCCAGCCGACGGCUCCUUCUCAGCUACCCUGGCCAGAGCCAGCCGAGAGAGGUUUCUGGAGGGAGGCUCCCGGCAGUUCGGCCAAGUGCUCAACAUCCUCGGUGUGCAGCAGCUUUGCGUGGUCGUCAACAAGAUGGACAGUGUCGCGGCUGCUUGGAGGAAAGAGCGCUUUGAGGAGAUAGCCGCUGAGGUUCGGAGAGUGCUGCUCAGGGUGGGCUGGCGUCGGGAGGUGAUAGAACAGAGCACGGCGAUCAUUCCACUUGCUGCUGUGUAUGGUGACAGCCUGGUGAGGGCUAGUGGCAGCAUGCCGUGGUGGACGGGGCAGGAUGUGAAGAGGGCCGGUGGGGCAGGUGAAGCAGUGAACGUUAGCACUCUGUAUGAUGUCUUGGACAAGGUCUUCAGGCCGCCGAAACGGCGAGCCGAGGCACCACUCUGCAUGCCGGUGUCCAACACUUACCGCAUCGCUGGCGUUGGGGACGUCGUGCUCGGUCGCCUCGAGUCAGGCAUGCUUCAGCCCGGGGAGCGUGUACUGUUCCUGCCGGACCGGGAGAAGGAUCAGGAGGGGGAUUGCUUCUGUACAGCUGCAAGCAUUGAGAUGCAUCACGAGAAGAGGGAGGGGGCAAUGGCUGGCGAUAUUGUCGGCAUCAACGUCAAGGGGCUUCGCCGACGCCCGCAAACCGGGGAUCUGAUGAUGAGUGUCAGUGAGCUGACAGGUGGCAACGUCCUCCGUUUUGAUGCGCAAGUCAUGAUUCUGAGCGGCCGAUCGCAAAUCACAGCUGGCUACAUCCCCCUAGCCUUUGUCCACUGUGGCCGUGCUCCGUGCCGUCUUGUUGCCAUUCGCUGGAAGAUGUGCAAGCAGAGUGACAAGGCGCAGAAGAUGGAAUCACCAGAUUUCUUAGCACCGCAGGAAAUGGCGCUCUGCACGUUCGAGCCGCUGCGGCCAUUCUUCUGCAAUACUUUCAAAGCCGCACCCAGCUUGUCUCGUGUCAUCUUCUUGGAUGGCAACAUGCCAGUCAUGAUUGGCAAGGUCGUUAGCUGUGAGCGCCAAGGAGAGGCAAACGACAAGGGCGGCAAAAAGAAGUGA